CGAAGUACGAUCCCUAAUAUAUCUACGUCAUUUGUUGACGUUUGAUAUGUACUGACUCUCACCAGUUGUCGGACAGGGGUAACGUUAGCUGUGACAUCAAUCGAGAACAUGCUCGAACCAUUGUUAAACAUCUGAUACGAUUCCAUCUCCCUAUUAACACCAACCAUGGACGACAGGACCAACAUCUCGAUUCUUUGUAAAAAUAAAAAUAAAAAGACAACUCACAUUCCGCUUAAUCCAACUAACAAAUACGGCGUAGCUAAAUAUUUAUAUUAGACACCCGAUCAUUAUUAUUAGUAAUUAAGGGUUUUCCGAUAAUAACUCCCUUAGGAUACUGCGACGAUAACAUGCGAAAGGCCAGAUCGGCUUCUAGAGCAGAAUUCCCUUGCCUGCAAGGCGACGAGAAUAGCUGUAACAGACCCGCCACCCAUAAUGUCAAACCAAGCACUACUGUAUCGAAGAAGCGUAAGUCGGAUACAGUAGAAUACCGUCAAAAUAUAUCUGAAGUGGACAAUAAUGAUCCUCGCCUUUAUGAGAUAGACGAGACGUGCAACGAGAUCCGCCAGAAGAUCAAAGACUUUAACCAAGGUGGAAAUAUGAACGUUGGGGACUUCCAGAAAGCAAUAGGGGUAUCUUCAGGUGCAUAUCAGCGGUUCAUGAAUCAGAGCGGAACCUACAAAGGCAAGGACUGCGAUACAUACCGUAAAGCCUUUACGUUAUUCAAGAAGCGCGAGCUGCAGGGUCUCAAAGCGGUUCCGCCUAAGAGACCUAGGAAGAGCGAAAGUGAAGCUCUUGAUGUCAGCGAUAUAAAGCUUUACGGCGAGGAUACACAGAGUGUACCAGUGUAUGAUACGUGCGACGAGGUCCGCAAAAAGAUCCGGGCUUUUCUACGGAAGCCUGACAUCAGCCAGAGCGCCUUCUGCCGUGCUAUAGCGAAGAGUUUCCCCGGAGAAAAACGGAUUCAAUCCAGGCAGCUUAACUGCUUCCUAGAUAAGAAGGGGCCUAUGUCUGGAAAUACUAGUUCUGUGUUUUAUGGCGCUUACGUGUUCUUCGAAAAGCUACGCAUCAAACAGGGUAGGCCCAAGUCAGAGAUGAGGCAGGAGAUGGAGAAAUUCCACCCCAACGGAGUGAAUACCACCGAUCUUCAACUGUGGUGGACAUGUAGGGAUGAUAAGCGUCCCGUUUAUGAUGCCUACGGACGCAUCCACUUCGUCAACCCCCGAUCCUCGUUUAUCCCUUUCCGUACCUAAUGUAUACAAUAUGAUCAAGAAUUAGUGGCACAAUUACUAGCCAGAAGAGUGAAUAUCAGGUACCUAUCUAAAGUACUUGCUUAUAUGCGUUUGUCAACUUAGCUUCAGUAGUCAGGUAGAUUAGCACAUAUAGCUUGUGUUGAAGGGGGGUCAAUUUCUACCUACCUACCAGGUACUAGGAGGUAA